AUGGCGGACAGACAUAGUCAUGAGAAUUUCUCCUGUCAGGAUCUGGCGGCAAACUCCGGCUUGGAUGACUUUUUCAUCCUGUCCAUCGAGAUCAGCAUCCUUGUCGCCCUCUCGCAUCUCCUUCAUUUCUUCUUCAAGCGCUUCAGUCAGCCUAGCAUCGUCUCCCAAAUGUUUGCUGGGCUCUUGGUGGGUCGGUCGUGCCUGCGUCGGCUAAUAUCGCCGAAAUACAAGAUUGACGACGAUAGUCAUCUCAUAAGCAUGGCUUCAAUAGGGGGCACCUUCUUCAUGUUCCUAGUCGGAUUAGAGAUGGACUUUCGAUUCCUCGUGCGUUCGAUCCGCGCGGCGUCUUUCAUAACUCUAGGCAACACCGUCACUAGCCUUCUACUCGCAUCUAUCGUCGGCCCGGCCAUAUAUGGCGAACUCGGCAUCGACGGAGGACAAGUUCUCUUCGUGUUCAUCUUGACCAUCAUCUUCGCUAACACGGCCUCCCCCGUGCUCAUCCACAUGAUGGCCGAGCUAAAGAUGACGAUGUCGGAGGUAGGGCGCCUCGGGAUCUCCACCGCCUUGAUCAACGACGUGACGUGCCUCGUCAUCGUCGGAGUCGUCAUACUCUUCCCCAUGCCGAACGAGGGAAAACAGCCGGGGGAGAAGUUCGUGGAAGGCCUGGAGGCCUUGAUCCUGAUCGUAGCGUCGGCGGGGAUUCUGAGGGCGAUCGUGCAGCUGAUCAAUCGGAUAAGCAAGAAGCGGCCGGCGAUUAGGACGAUCACCGGCAGCAUGAGGUUCGGGGUGAACACUUUCGUAUUGCCGAUAUACUUCGGGUACGCAGGGGUGCAGACUGAUUUAUUUAUGCUGAGGGACAAGAUUGUGCUGAUCACGGUGGGGAUAAUUGUGAUGUGCGGGACCGUGGGCAAGGUCGUCAGCACGCUCCUGGUUGCUAAGCACUUGAAGAUGCAAGUGCAGGAGGGGGUGGUGCUGGGAUUUCUGCUGACCGUCAAAGGGCACGUGGAGCUUAUCGUUAUUACUCUCGGAAGGCAGUACGGGAUAUUCAGCAAGGAGAUCUACCAAGCCCUCCUCAUCAGCAUGAUCUUCAACAACAUGACCACCGGCCCCACCGCCUCCUACUUCGUCCGGCGCGAGCGCUGUGCUGUCAAACACCAGCCUGGCGAAAUACGGGGGAGUGAUGAGAUCGAUGGUCGUAGUGGAUAUGGGAAUUGUGAUGCGAUGAUGGAGGUGGAGGGGGCGUCUGAUCCUGACGAGGAGUUCAUGGCAGAUGUACGUAACAGGUUCGUAUCAACGAGAACGAUAAAGUACGAGGAAAAGAUCGUUGAGAAAUCAGAAGAAAUGUUGAGCGAAAUCACUUCAAUGGAGGGAAUGUACUCGUUGUUCAUCGUCGGCAGGCAGAGGCAGGGGUCGACGUCGCAGCUGACCAUCGGGAUGAGCGAGCCGGAAGAUUGCCAAGAAUUAGGCGUGAUCGGGAAUCUACUUGCCUCCUCCGACUUUAUAUCGACCGGCUCGGUGCUCGUUGUGCAGCAAUAUUGUAAAUCCAGAGCAGCCAGUUUCUCUGUGAAGGUUGUGCCCUCGAAAUAAUAGAUCAAUUAAUGCGCAAGAUUGUACGCCAUCGGUGAGGUCCGAAGGCGAUUUUUUAUUUAGCGUAAAUUUUCUAAAGUUUUCCUUUGUGAACUA